AUGGAUUCUCACUUCGCCUCGGAUUCCGCGUUCGAAUGUCUCAUCUUUGAUUUGGACGACACGUUGUAUUCUUCCAAGACUGGGAUCGGACAAGCUGUUAAGCGUAACGUUCAAGAUUUUCUGGUCGAAAAAUGCGGGUUUUCGGAAUCCGAAGCUCCGAUUGUGAAUGCAGAGUUCUUCAGGACAUAUGGAAGCUCCUUAGCUGGACUCAGGGCUUCAGGCUACAAUAUUAAUCCUAACGAUUAUCACAGUUUCGUGCACGGAAUAUUGCCCUAUGAUUUGAUCCGACCCGACUCUCGGCUUCGCAGCCUAUUGCAGUCAAUCAAACAACGGAAAAUCAUUUUCACGAAUUCGGACAGGAUUCACGCGAUCAAAGCCCUGGAUCGUAUCGGGAUACGAGAUUGUUUCGAGAAGAUCAUAUGUUUCGAGACGAUGAACCCGAGCCUGUCGACGUCGACGCGGCCGGACGAAUUUCCUGUGGUUCUGAAGCCUUCUAUCGAAGCCAUGAACAUCGCCAUUGACGCCGCCGAGGUCGAUCCCCGCCGUACGCUGUUUUUUGAUGAUAAUGUGAAGAACGUUGCUGCCGGGAAGGCUGUGGGGCUUCGUACUGUUCUGGUUGGGAGAUCAAUAAGAUGCAAAGGAGCAGAUUAUGCCGUGGAAACAUUGGGAGAGAUGGUACAAGUCAUCCCAGCACUGUGGGUAAACGAGGAGGAGAAUGAGAAUGAAAGAGUUAUCCACAAAAGAGCGACAGUCGGUGAGUUCCCACAGCCUCCUCUGAGAGCUGUCGCUUCUUUCUCGCCCGUGCCCCCGACAACUCCGACGAGCUAUCUCCUGCUCGUCUCAAGUCUCGUCUCCGAUUGCCCCGACAUCAACAAGCAGGUCGCCAUGGAAAUUCACUUCCUCGACAAGAACAAGCUCGAGAACCGCCAAGCCAAGAAGCUGAAAAUCCGUAUCAAAAUAUUAAAAUUUGGGGAUAAAAUGGACAUUUUGCUUCUUUUUACUGUUGGGAUAAACUGA